AUGGCGGCCAGGAAGGAGCUACGGACGCUCUCCAAGCGCAUGGAACAGCAGUGCACCCGUGAGGUGGACAGCGGCUUGGCCCUGACCGCGGAGAAGGAGAAGUGCGACCAGCUUCAGGCGCGGGUCUUAGUCUUGGAGGAGGAGGUCAGGGCAAAGGCGCAGCGCUUGAGCGAGUGGGAGAACAUGACGGACAAGCAGAAAACCGCCGUGUCCGAGUUGGAGAAGCUCAAGAAAGCCCUGACAAUGCAGCUGAUGGAACAGAGGUCUAUGUUGGAGGCCAAGGAUAAGCUCGUCGCCAAGACCCAGGAGAAACUCGCCAGGAACGCGAAGAUGCAGAACGAGGGCGUCCGGCAAGUGGGUAUUCUGCAGAAGGAAAUCUCUGCGAAAGCGCGGAUGUACUCAGCGGUGCAAGCGGAGCUAGGCCGUCUCAAAACAAGCCUACAGCACCGCGAAGCUUUGCUGAAGGGGGCCGCGACGCGCGUGAUGUCGGUCCUGGACUCUGCCAACGAGAAGGAGCACUGGCUUUCCGCCAAAAACCAGGUGGAAGCCAUCGUCGUGCCAAUACUGGAGAGAGAAAGGCUUGAUGGGCUUGAUCCUGACGAAGCCGCCACGGAACAAUCGCGCCAGCGGGUUAAGAUGCAGUUCGACAAGGAGAUCAGACGAAAGCAGCAGCAGCAGCAGCAAGCAGCUCAAGGCUUUUCCAGCUCGGCCCCGGGAAUGUUGGGCGCUUGUUUCGGGGCUCCUGCAACGGGGGGUGGAGUUGCAAGCUUCCUGGGGGGAGCUCCACGCCUGCAAAGCUUGAACACAGGUGGGUUCGAUGGCACCGACCGGCUGUACGUCGGUUGCGGCGAUGGGGACGCGGCUUUCGAAGACAAUGCUGACCAAGAAGGGCACCAACCGUCAGAGCUUGGAGGUGGACAACCAUCCAAGGCCGCUGACACUUCUGCAGCGGACGGGGCAGCAAGCGGCAUGGGCACCACCAUUGGCACCCCAGCAAUGUCGGCGGAGCCGGUCCAAGCAGACAGGCUGAUUAGUGCCAUGACAGCCGCAGAGGGGAUCAGGCAACAGCAACAGCAGGCCGUAAGACUACCACGUUCUUCUUCUUUGCCGGCCCGAGACGGCGUGAUAACCGCCACCGGUUCCGCCAGAAGAAGGCCGGAAACAAGAGGGACUAUCACAGGAAAACCCGCCGCAUCAACGGCGCCGGGCGAUAUCCGCGGCAGCCUCAGGUCUCCGUGGGCAGUCAAGAAGGGCGGGGUUACUAGAGCUGUGCGGAGGAGUAGCAGCAGCUGUAGCAGGUUCAAGAAUACCGCGGUGGCAGGGGGGGGAAUGCGUGUCUUGCUGCCUGGCGAAGGGGCCCGAGACUACUCGUCGUUGCUGAGGGGCUCCGAAGCUCUGAGGGGGAGGGAGCUGGAGGCGAGGGUGGCCACAGCGGAGGCUGAGGCUACCUGGCUGGCACGCGAGAACCACCGCAUUACGGUAGAGUCGGAGCGGGUCAUUGGGGCUCGAGACGUGGAGGCAAAGAGAGCGGUGGGGGCUCUCACCGCAGAGCUGCACAAAGCGCGGGCCGCCGCAGCCGCCGCUGGUGGUGCUCGAGCGGGGCUCAGGGACCUCGAGACGCACAACCAAGCGACCUCCUUCUCAGACGAUGUAGAUCACGGCAGCAGCAGCAGCAGCAGGGCAGGGUUAAGGACGGGCGGAGAGAGCUCUGCCCGCAACACGGCUGUUUCCGGGAGCACCGUCGUGGCCGUCCGCCUGCCCUCCCCGGGAAACACCGUCGGCUACUCGGAAAACAUAUCGCUGACGGCGCCAACGCCCUUUAUCAGUGGGAUGAGCGAAGAAGACGAGCUUUCGUCUCUGCCGAACUAG